AUGGCGCUGCGCUGGACUCGAGUGUCUGGGGAAUUGCAUCAGCGUAAAAGUGGAGUAGAGAGUUAUCGGGCAUCUGAUUCCCGCGUUACUUUAGAUGCCCAAGGAAGCACCUGGAACCAGGAGGUCCCUCACCUAGCAGCCACAAAACCUCAGAGGUACCUGCCGCUCCCGCAGCCCUUCCCCGUGUGCCACGGACGUUUCUUACAUGGGGUUUUUAACAUUUUAAAUACGUUGUUGAACACCUGUGUUCUAGAGCAUGAACCAAAAGCCACGGGUAUGCAUGAUGAAGAGGAGGAUGAGGGAGAACAGUUUGACUUUGACAGUGGAGAUGAGAUACCGGAAGCAGACAGGCAAGCCCUUGUGCCACCUCCUCCUGAUCCUGGAAGUAACAUGGAGCACCAAGAGGCUAAUGCCAUAGGGGCUGAGAAUUUAGAAAACAGCAAGAAGCUACAAACAUCAGGACCCGCUGCUGAAGGCGCUCCAGCCAAAGUAAAUCCCUACUCAGUCAUAAAUAUUUCACCAAUCCAAGACAAGGAUCCAUCCUCAUCACCAGAACCAAGUCCUCAAGAUGAAUGUGCAAGUCCAAACUUGUCUGGUGGAUAUUCUGUUCCUGUCCCCUGUGGCUAUGCUGUGCCAUCUAAUUUACCUGUGAUACUGCCAGCAUACUCCAGUCCUGUCAUAAUACGCAGUGUUUCUGUAGAUGAAGAAGGUAUGCAGUCAGCAACUGAAGAAUGUCGUUGUAAUUCUGUAAACUCAGAGGAGCCUCAAAAUAGUGAAGAUAAUCAGGUCAAGAAAGAGGAUGAUGCUCUGGCCAAGUGGGUUGCAGAUCCUGCAAAUACAGCAUGGAUGGAAAACCCAGAUGAAGUAAUUUAUGACGAUGUGCCAAGAGAAAAUUCAGACUCUGAACCAGAGGAAAUGAUUUAUGACGAUGUUGAAAAUGGUGAUGAUGGUGGAAACAGCUCACUGGAAUAUGGGUGGAGUUCAAGUGAGUUUGAAAGCUAUGAAGAACAGAGUGAUUCUGAGUGUAAAAAUGGAAUUCCCAGCUCCUUUUUGCGAGGCAACCACAAGAGACAUCUUUCUCAUGACCUAACGCGUUUAAAGGAGCAUUAUGAAAGAAAGAUGAAAGAUUUGAUGACAAACACUGUGGGAGCAGUAGAGAUUCAGCAACUAAAGCAAAAACAUGAGCUGAAGAUGCAAAAACUUAUGAGAGCUGCUAGAGAAGGUACCAAAGAUGGGCUCGAAAAGACAAAAGCAGCUGUGAAAAAGGGUCGUUCUUUCAUUAGAACAAAAUCUUUUAUUUCUCAAGAUCAUAGAUCAUCAUGUCUGGAAGAAGAAGAGUUAAAUUUAUUUAUUGAUGUCGACUGUGUGCAUACAGAAGCAAUUAUGACUCCUAUGCCCGAAGGAUUAUCACAGCAGCAGGUUGUGAGAAGGUAUAUUUUGGGCUCUGUAGUUGACAGUGAAAAGAAUUACGUGGAUGCUCUCAAAAGAAUCCUGGAGCAAUAUGAGAAGCCCCUUUCAGAUAUGGAACCAAAAUUAUUGAGUGAAAGAAAACUCAAAAUGGUCUUUUAUCGAAUUAAGGAAAUUCUUCAGUGCCAUUCAAUGUUUCAGAUUGCGCUGGCGAGUCGUGUGUCUGAGUGGGACUCUGUUGAAAUGAUUGGUGAUGUCUUUGUUGCUUCAUUUUCUAAAUCUAUGGUAUUGGAUGCAUACAGCGAGUAUGUAAACAACUUCAGUACAGCAGUCGGGAUUCUCAAGAAAUCAUGUGCCACCAAACCUGCCUUUUUAGACUUCUUAAAGCAGUGCCAGGAGUCAAGCCCCGAUCGAAUUACACUGUAUGGUUUAAUGAUGAAACCUAUCCAGCGCUUUCCACAGUUCAUUCUGCUAUUGCAGGAUAUGUUGAAGAACACUAAUAAAGGGCAUCCUGAUAGAUUACCUCUACAGAUGGCUCUUACAGAACUCGAAACACUGGCAGAGAAGUUAAAUGAAAGAAAAAGGGAUGCAGAUCAGCGCUGUGAAAUAAAACAAAUAGCAAAAGCAAUGAACGAACGUUACCUGAACAAGCUACUCAGCAGUGGAAACAGAUACCUCAUACGGACUGAUGAUAUGGUUGAGACUGUUUACAAUGACAAAGGAGAAAUUAUCAAAACAAAAGAACGACGACUUUUCAUGCUAAACGAUGUGCUGAUGUGUGCCACAGUAAAUAUUCGCUCUUCCUACGAAAGCAGUGGCACCGUGACAACUGGCCAGAGGUAUUUAUUGAAGUGGAGCGUACCGCUGGGACAAGUGGAAGUCAUUGAGUAUGGCAGCAGUGAGGGCCAAGGCGAGAACUGCAGGUUUCCACCCCAGCACUCUGCUGAAAAUGUCGUCAUUAACUCUAAGCCAA